GGGCACUCGGCCGUCUCGCUUCAUCUGCCAACGUGGGUUAGGUACUGUAGGUAGGUAGUACCUGCCUUGGACGUGCAAGGAGCAGGCAGGCAGGCGGGCAGCACCCUUUGCAAGCCCAGGUCAGAGAUGUCGCGGGAGCGUCUUUUUUCACUUCGGGGAAUCUCACCACCACCACGAUCGAACUCGACUCGAGACUGCGCCGUCUCGUUCCAGCCGCGUCCAAGCUCCCGGGUCCGAUGACACCAGACCUCGCUCGGGUGGCCUGCACUCGACCCGACUCGAGACGCGACGCCUUCCCUGGCCGGACCCCCCCUCCUCCCUCUCCCUCCCCUCCCUUCCUUCACUCCGCUGCUGCUGCUGCUGUUGGCGACGAGACGACGAUCGAGCCCGGACCAUCGGCAAGCAGUUGACUUUGCGGGCUCAGAGCUGGGCCGUCGCGUUGCGCACACGCCAGCCCCAGCGGCACCGCCACCAACAGUCCGAGACCAACCCCGGGGGGGGGGGGCUCACCUCGCUCGGGGUGGGCUGGAAGGAUUAGAUUGAUGGCGCCAGCACUGGCGCCAACACAAACACCAGCAAGAGCCGGCACCGCACCAGCAGCACCGCCAGCUCCCCAAGGAGGACCUGGACCCAAGACCGGCCCCCAGCGCCAGCGCCGCUGCCGCCGCCAUCUUCCCACCUCGAGCGCCGCCAGUGCCGAUCGUCGACCACGACAAACGUCCGUCUCCAUCAUCCUCCGCUCCCAGCUUAUGCCCCCUGUCGCAACUUGAGAGGCCCGUCCUGCAGGCACGCACCGCAAUCGACGUCUCAACUUUGGAGACUCCCACGGCCCAGUCCAGUCCCACAGGCCGGCUGACAAGGGUGCGAGGCUUGUCCGUCAUUUUGUCCACCUUCUCUUGACUAGUAGCAGUUGCCAGUCGUGACCUCUCUCGUACCCGCACAUCACUUGCGCUCUUCUCCUGCACCUCGUACGGCCCCCCGGCCCUCCCCUCGAGAACAACAGUUGCCGUCUCCGCGCACAAAUACAAGUACAGACCAGCCGUCUGGCAUCCAGCGGAUCCUUGUGCUGGCUGCUGCGCUCUUCAGCCAACGCAACGCGGGACCGACCCUUCCUCCAGCUCCGCCGCAGCGGCUCCACAGGUUCGCACCGCACCACCCACCACCGAGUUCCAUCAGGGCCAUCAACAUCCCAUUGGAGAAGAGUCAAAACCUCGAGCAAAACGGCAAACCCAGGGGCGCGCAUCGAGCCUCAUAUGGCCCUUACAUGCUAGAACCGGCACCUGUUCACUUUUAUCUCGCCCCGCGCCUCGUGGCUUUGAAGUUGUCGAGCAUGCCUGACAUCAUCACCAUCCGACCGCUUGUGAGGUAGUGUCGCUCAAGGACACGCGCGCGCGCACUGCUUCACACUCCUACGGCAGCUCAUCCGCUCGCAAGUUCGCCACCGCUGCUACUUACGCAACCACCCUGAAGCUCGUUGGCAAUUCCCAACGCCUUCGCUGGCGGUGUCUGGCCCUGCCACCAUCGCCUGUCGUGUCUGGUCCCGCAAUCGCCUGCGUGACGAUGACCCACGGGCAACCUACGAGCCUUUGACAACCGACCCUCCUCUGCCGUCCACGCCUCUCACAUUUUAAACCACCCUCGAUGCCGCAUGAGGAGCAUAGACUGAGCCAGCACGGGUUACGAAGUACCAUGAGCACUUUCACACCCACCAACGACACGGGGCAUGCUCCCGCGACCCUGCCCAACACGGAUGGCCCUGGCGGCCCCUUUGACAAUGCGCCCGCGUUACGACACUCGCCACCUCCACCUACACUCGCAGACGCGAAGCAUCAGCAUGGCCACCAUCAAAACAGCCACCAGCAACAGCCGCAGCACGACCCACUCCCGUCGCAUGCCCAGAUCGUGCAGCAUCAACCGCAAUCGCAACAGCCACGCAGCGUCAAGCGACCCAGGCCUGUCAAAUCCUGUACAGAGUGCCGAAAGCGCAAACUACGAUGCGAUCGGCUGCUGCCUUGCUCGCAAUGCCAGAAGUCGAGUCGUAUCUGCAGGUACGCUACUGACCAAGACGCAGCAAAUCUUUCGGACGGUUCAGACGUGGAAUCAACGGACAUGAGCCGGCCCAUGAAGCGAACGUGCCCGCCUGGCUCGUCAGGAGGACCUGGAACAACCUCCCAGGACGUAGCCCAUACGCCGAGUAAGACUGGGGACUCACCGAGUCUGCCACUUCUUGAGGAACUGUCGCUGCGAAUGGAGCGCCUAGAGAAGCACGUCCGGGUGCGUAGCCCAGCGACAGAGCUCAGUGGUGGAAGACCCAUUGCGGCAUCCCAAAACACCAUCAGAGGGGUGUCGGUCAAGCGCGGGGCCCAAAGGACACGAUACUUUGGACAGAAUAGCCCCCGUGUCUUGGUGAACCUGUUCGCAGACGCAAAGGCGUACAUGUUGAAUCAGCAGCACUCGCCCAGCCACGCUGAACUAUUCACCAGCUUUGGGGCUCUGCACAAGACGCUUCAGGACAACUUCAACAAGGCCAUGCUGCCAAUUACCGUCUUUGUCGAUUCCAUGAUGCCUGUUCAGAAGCGAAUGACGGAUAUACUACCCAAGAAAACGGUCUGCGACCGCCUCGUCGCCUCGUAUAUUGACACGUCGGAGACCAUUUACAGAAUCCUGCACUUGCCAACCUUUUCGGAACAAUACGAACUCUACUGGGAAGGCAAACUCCAGUCCGAAUCCUUUCUUCCUCAGCUACUGUCGGUAUUGUCAGUUGCCUCACGGUUCGAGACAAAGUCUAAAGGUAUGGGCCAUGAGCGAGUAGAAGGCGUGCACAUCCCCACCGCCUGCGCUCUCGUACGAUCGUGGCUCGACGGUCUCAAAGGCAAGCAGCUGGUCGAUUUAGCGACCCUGCAAGUGGAGGUGCUACUUCUGCACGCUCAAAGAAUGAUCACGCCGCGCGCUCAAGAGUCGUGGACCCAGCUGGGCUUCGUGGUCCGCCUCGCCAUGACCAUGGGGCUGCACCGGGACCCUUCCGAAUGGGAGCCUCGCAUGCCCGUUUUUAUUGGGGAGCUCAGAAGGAGGCUGUGGUUUACGAUUGUCGACAUGGAUCUACACAUGUCCUUGGCAUGCAACCUCCCCUGCCUCGUGCGCGAUGGGGACUUCUCGUGCCGUCCGCCUCGUAACCUCAACGACUCGGAAUUGUUUCUGGAUAUGAAGGAAUUGCCUCCGACCAAACCUAUCGACCAGGUCACGGACAAUCAGAUGCAGGUGUAUGCUGCAAUGACGCUUGGCGCCCGCAUGCGUGUGGCGCCCUUGAUCAACAGGAUUGACUCUAUGCGCGACUAUCAAGAAGUCAUGGAGGUCGGCGCCAAGCUGGAGCGAUUCCUGGAUGACAUCAACUAUAUUUUCCCACGUCACGGAAUAUUAAACGACACACAGAGGAGCAAGCAGUGGCGAUGUCGCGUUAUCCUCGACAUGCACGUACGCCGUCCCUUGCUGGCGCUCUACCGGCCCCUUGCCAUGGGCGUGCCAGAAGUGCCGCCACAGAUUUCGAGGGCGUAUCUGAGGUCAUCCAUGGUCAUCUUGAAAUACCUGGAUGAGCUGGAUCCUCUAUUGGCACACUUCCAGGACAUCGCCGAGAUGUACCAUCAAAUCUUGAAAAGGGACAUCAUCCAGGCGGCCCUCAGCGUGUGCUUCUAUAUUCAGUCAGCUGUGCGCCCCAAUUCCGAAGGCCUUGUCAUAGGUCAACAAGCGCUACGAAUGUCACCGGAUUCUCUGGAUGACUUUCCAUCAUACACAGCCGAGAACCUUGUCUUGUGGUCUCCUUCAAGGCUCGUCAAUACCGUGCAAAAGACGCUCGCGCUGCUCAUGAACAACAUCAGCGGCAGCGACACCAAGGAUAUUCUUUGCGUGGCGAUAGUGUUGGAGACUGUAAAGACCGCGGAGCCGAAGGUCCAAGACAUCGCGCGGGAACUGUAUGGGGUUCUCGACGCUUGCUUGCGGGCUUCGAACCUGACGCGCGAGAAGCUCCGCAUGUCGCUGGACCAGCUCCACCAACCGAACGACUUCAUGCGCAGCCGAGCAUCAUACGGGUACCCAGGAAGCACGACGAGCGCCAAUCCGGCAUUAUCGGGGCCCAUGGGCGACAUGGGCGGCUGGAUGCUGUGGGAAGGAUGGGACUGAGGACGUGGAGAUGUGGGCUAUCGAAGAUCUGGGAUGCGACCGUGGGGUAUACAUUGAGAGUAGCGGGUGCUGCGACAGGCUGCUUCGUCACACUUUCCCACAGUUGAUGGCGGAUGUGUGGCGCUUGGGGCGGACGGAGUCUGGACCGUGGAGAACAUUGAAGCACGGCGCGGAUGGUUUACACGGCGCUUGGGGCUUGGUGAAGAAGGCGAUUUUUUGUGACACACUAUGGCAUGCCGAAGACGGUAGCGAUGGGUAUGAUUACGUGGAGAAAAAAUUGGCUAUGCUACACAUCUAUGGUGCGAUUGUGGGCAUGCAAGCACUCUAGGUAAAGUUGCCUGAGUGAAUUUUUCGGAUAGAACCAAGGAGCGAAGCAGGUGAUGGAUAUGAAGCACUAAUUGACGAUGACGGGCGACGUGCCAUCCCAUUCAUCAGACUCUGCAGCUUGAACGAGCCACCUUGACGCACUGUGACGCGUGAUGAUGGGGUUCCAGCCACAACCAGUGCCGUCGUCAGGCAGAGCUCUGACGCUCGACGGCGCGCCUUCGACCAGCCUCGCCGGGCGAGCCAAGACAAAAGGCAGGCCGCUAUUGCGCACCAGAGCGUCCAUGUCGUUGUGACUCUGCAAAGUCAUGCCCAUGGCGCCGUGGCUAAAUAUCAGCUUCAUGGGCCAAAGCAUGGCCUUCCAGGAGGACCCAACGCCAAAGGAGGAGUUGACGACGAGCUUCGGAGGCGGCGCAACAGGGCUCGCGGCGGCGGCAGCACCAGCAGCACCAGCAGCACCAGCACUACUGGAGGGAAAGACGCGCGUGACGGCGGCGAUGAGGACGCGCAUGGUGGCGGGAAGGAGGUCCGGGGGCGACUCGCCGCCGGGACGCAGCGGCGAGAAGGGGCUGUCGGAGGUGCGGCGCGGGUUGAGGGCGGUGAUGACGGCGUCGGCGAGCCGGGGGGUGGCGAGGGCGCGCUCGACGUCGGCCUGCGAGGUGGGGGUGCCGAGGACGACGGUGAGGCGGCUCGGGUCCGCUGACGGCGGCGACGGCAGCGACGAUGACGACGAUGGGUCGCGGACCAGGACGGUGACGGUGUGGCCCCUGUCGAGGGCUUCGCGGAGGGCGAGGCUGCCGUUGCGGCCGGUGGCGCCGGCGAUGUAGAUGUGCAUUUUUUCUUUCUGGUAGAUGGGUGGUGGUGGAUUGGGAGGACUUGAGGGCGGAGAGGGUAGGUAGGGUUGGUGGUGGAAGCGGUGAAGGUGAUGGUAGAGGAGGUGUCGUCUGUGAUGAGCGAGAUCGCUGGGAUGGAGUGGGUUGUAGGGAUGACGCCUGAGAGCUGUCUGAGGAGGCGAGGCAAGGAGUUCUCCUGUCUGGAAUUUCAAAGAGAU